AUGUCUCAAAUACCUCUGCACAAGAUUGUACUUUACAACAAUGGACUCUGUUCCUUCGAGCGAAGAACCACAGAUCCCAUUCGAGGAGAUCAAGAACUCACGCUCUUCUUCAAAAAUUCCAACGACAAGGACAUUACCAAGUCCAUUAGUUUCUCCACGAUACCCGUCUCCUCUUCGGGAGAUUCCAAUAACAAGAGUUCUGUAUCCAGUGUUUCCUAUCAAAACACGGUGGAAAAAACCGAUCAACUCAAUAUUUCCAUUCCUCAACAUGAUCCCUUGACCGGAAUGUUGAGAGAAUUGAAAGGAGCUUCCAUUACUUUGGCUUUUCACGGCGGUAGCUCAGAUGUUUCGGGCGUCUUGCUUGGUGUUGAGGAUUUAAUGGAUCCCCUCACCAAAGUCAGCGUUCCAUCGGUGGCCCUUUAUACGAAAACGUGUACCAUUCAGAAUUUCAUCUUGUCCAAUAUUGCGGGAAUCAAAUUCAAUGACCCGAAUAUUCAGGCUGAUGUUCAGCACAGUCUAGAAUCUUAUAUUAGCCAAAGAAAUAAGGAUCUUUUUAAGUUGACUGUUUUUACAAAGGGUGAGAAUGAUUAUUUAGUGCAAGCCAAUUAUGAUUUAAUGUCUCAACCUUGGUCUCCAACAUAUCGAUUCAAAUUUCAACAUGUCCCUAACACUACUUCAAGUGAUAUUAGUUGUACGGAUCAAUAUACAAAGGGCAUGUUAGAUUGUUUGGCAAUUAUCAAGAAUGAUCAAGAAGAGGACUAUUCCAAUGUGCAGCUUAUCUUGGUCACUGGUUCUCCACCGUUGAGCUCGAAUUCAUUGGCCACUUCUGGAAGUUUGAACAUUUCUAUUGUGAAUGCCAAGUCUGGAAGUACCUUUUCGAUGCAAGUCAACCCCUCCACACUCGUCGAUGAAGUGAAGCGACGUAUUCAACUCUCUCAAAACAUGUCAUACAGUCGGAUCAAAUUAUUCUUUGCUGGCAAGUCAUUAGAAGAAGGAAGAAUGAUGAGCGAUUACAACAUCCAAAACGAGAGUCGCAUUCAUUUGAAAGAAGAAUCGAGUAGUGAAACAGAGGAUUCUUCUUCAGAUGGCACUAGAAGCAGCGGUGACUCCAAUUCACUCAAAUCCUUCCGAAUGGCAGAUUCAUCCAAUUUAUCCUUCUUUCCCAUUGAAUAUCCCAUUACUGUGAAACGCAAUCAGCAAGCCAUGAUCUCCUUCCUGAAGAAACAAGUUGAUGUGAAAAAGGUACUACUUUUUAAUGAAAGUAUCAAGACUGGAAAUCCAUUGAAUGCUGUCAUGUUUCAAAACACCACAGGAUUUGUUUUGGAACCAGGAAGUAUCAUCUUCCGAGAUGAGAAUGAGAAUGUGGUUGGAGAGUCGGCCCUUAAUCAAAUGUGGAAUCAAGAUGAAGCGUUAUUACCAAUUUCACUCCAGUUGGCCAUUGAGGUCAAGAAGGAUUUCAAUACAAGCCAAACCGAGUAUCAUCAAAUCAUGAUUAAGAAUGGAUCCAUUUCAUUGUACAAGUACAAGAAACAAACAGCAAGCUAUGAUUUUGAUAAUAAGAGUCCGUACAAGUAUGAAGAAGUUUUUGUGGAUCACAUGUUUGUUGAUGGUUGGGAUUUAGAGAGCACCGAAGGAUUUACCAAUGCUGAACCUGUUGAUGUUACCGAUCGAUAUUAUCGUUUUAGUGGUCAAUUAUUGGCCAAUGAAAAGAAAAAGUUCCUAGUCACUGAAAAGGCCAUCAAGGUCGACACGAUCGACCUUACAUCCAUCUCGUCAGAGGUGUUACAAAAACAUUCGAAAUAUAUUCAAGAUCCAUCGGUAUUGCAAGCAUUGAGAGAAUCGAUCGAGUUGAGACAAGAAGCAGAUUCCAUUAUGAGUAGAAUUUACAAGACUGAAUCAGACAUUCGAGAAGUGAAAGAUGAUCAACAACGUAUUAGAAGUAAUAUCGAAGUAGUGAAGAGUAAUAAUCAACAACAAAUGAAAUACAUUACCGAGUUGUCAAGGAAGGACGAUGAGCUUGUGGAAUUGUAUAAUCUCAAGAAGAAGUUGGAAGAAGAAAAGAAUAAUAUUAAUAAGAAGCAAAAACAAGUGGUCAUGUCUAUCGCCUACAAUGCCGAUAUUGUAUUGGAAGAGAAAAAGUGA